GCUAUGCAGUUGUGCGCGACAUCGCCAUCAUCAUUAUUAUCAUAACCGUUACCGUCAUCGAUGCUCUGAUUGCUGGCGAAAUAUUUAAUAACCGUAAUACUACGGUAGGUAAUCGCGGUUUUUUUCGAUUGCUUGAGUCUAAUCAACGAGUGUUUGGUUAAAAUUUGAGAUCACUUCGACUGAUUAGAGCUAGCGGAUCGAGUCCGGUGCGGUCGGCUGUGAAAAUUUCCCCUGCCAAGCGAAGCAGAUUUUCAUUGACAAUUCGGUACCUACGUGUUGCUAAAUUUACGUUUUAUGUGCGUUUCGAGUUGGUGAAAAAAAGUGCAAAACAAAGAAUUGUUUUUUACUUUCGGCUGCCUGCCUGAAUGCAAAGGAGUACAAGCUGUUUCGCGGAUUUCGUUGUGAUUGUAUUUGUGAAUUAUUCAAUCUGCUGUGCGAGUUGCAAAGGAUGCAAGUAGCUGGAUCAUAGUGUGCCCUGGGGAUAUGAAUUUUGAUUUCAGUAUUUGAUUGCUCUUUGUUUACGUUCGAGUGCAUCGUGAUAUUCCAGGAAGAAUUAUAUUUCAGAUCAUUUGAAACAACCAUCAACCUGUGAAAGGGAAAACUACUACUAAGCCAUUAGGACCUAGAAUCUACCUCAAUCAAAAUGCAUUUAAAAGAGCUCUGCAACCGAAGGUGCUUGCUGACAUCCGGUGGAGUAAUCCUGAUUGCACUCGGCGUCUUUUUCACCUUCUGUUUCCAGGCUAUCUUCUUGGAUAUACUGCACGAGGAACUAAAACUUCGACCCACAUCUAGGGGGUACGAUGCAUGGGUUUCACCGCCGUUCCCCCUAUCGAUGGAUGUGUACUUUUUCAACUGGACCAACCCGGCAGACUUGAGAAAUCACAGUACCAAACCGAUCCUGGAAGAGCUAGGGCCCUAUCGGUUUACCGAACGACCGGAGAAGGUGGACAUCGUGUGGCACGAUCACAACGCAACCGUCAGCUAUCGGAAGAAAAGCGUGUACUUCUUCGACGAGGAGGGAAGCAACGGCACGCUGGAUGAUGUGAUUAGCAGCAUCAAUGUGGUCGCUCUGUCAGCGGCGAACCGAGCACGUACGUGGAACUACGUCAAACAGAAGAGCGUCUCGAUGGGACUGACCCUGUACGAUCAGGACGUGUUCGUGAUGAAAACGGCCGGCGAGCUGCUGUUCGACGGGUACGAGGACAAUAUGGUCCUGAUGGGAAAGCAGCUGUUCGAUGCCAGCGAAGUGCCGUUCGAUCGCGUCGGAUGGUUCUACACGCGCAAUAAUUCGGCCGACCUAAUCGGACACUACAACGUUCACACCGGAGUGGAUGACAUUGCGAAGAUCGGCUCGAUGGCCCAGUGGAACUACAAACCGAGGACGAAUUUCUUUUCCGACCAUUGCGGGAUGCUAAACGGUUCGGCUGGUGAAUUCUAUCCGCCAAACUUGUCGAAAGAUGUUCCGAUUCAGUUGUUUACACCCGAUAUGUGUCGAAGUUUACCGCUGGACUUCGAACAGGAGGAGGAAAUUGCCGGCAUCCGAGGGUUCAAGUAUGCCGGGGGUCCACGGACGGUGGACAAUGGUACCAAGUUUCCGGAAACGGCUUGCUUCAGUUCCGGGGAAAUUGUACCUUCCGGUGUGCUGAAUAUUUCGUCCUGUCGCUUUGGAACGCCCGUGUUUAUGUCUUUUCCGCAUUUCUACGGUGCAGAUCAGUAUUAUCUGAACCAGGUGGAAGGCUUGAGUCCGGACAAAAGCAAACAUCAGUUCUAUAUGACAAUGGAACCGACAACGGGAAUUCCACUGGACGUUGCGGCUAGGCUGCAGUUGAACAUACUCAUGGAGUCUCACCCUAACAUAGCCCUAUAUGAGGACGUCAAGCGAGUGUUCCUGCCGGUGCUGUGGUUCGAACAGCACGUCACGAUGCAGCCGGAAUUUGUCAGUGAAAUUGCACAAGCUCUCAGCAUUCCAAAAACCGCCCGUAUCUGCGGUAUUGUUUUGCUCGCUUUGGGCACGGUUAUGCUCGCGUGGUAUCCGGUAGAACGAAUGCUUACCCUGAAUCGACGGCGGAACGCCGUAAACGAUACCGCAGGUACGGAGAAAGUUUUGCUCCAACAAAACCUUGCCAAGACAGCGAUCCUUUUGCCGGAAAAGGAAAAGGAAGCCACCGGCAAUGGUAAGCUGCACCAGGCGACGAUCGUCGAGUCGCAUCCGCUGAUCGAGACCAAACCGUUGCGACUGGUCAGCGAGAAUGGCAUCACGAAGACGUGAAACCCGAUGUCCGAAGCAGCAGCCCGGGCGCUGCGACAAACUACCAAAAAGACUUUCUUCCUCCAGUUUUGUGCGUGGGACCGGAGUGGGAAGAAGCGUUCCAGUUCUCUGAAUUUACUUUUAGGAGGUUAGCUGUUAAGGUACCUGUUUGUAUUGAAAGAAGAACACAAAUUGUUUUGUUGUGUGUUGACGAGUGCGGCAGGGAACAAUCCCUAAAAGAAUAUCACCAUACAGGAAACGGAAGGAUUCCUCUAAGUUUAGGCUAAGUUGCAUGUUACCAGUAAAUCAUAGUCAUGUAGAGACAUUUAGGAAAAAAAAAUCCGGAAACCGCGAACAAAGUGCCAGUACAAGUAUCAGAUGGACCAAAGUUGCCACUUUUUUACGAACAUUUUUAAGAAAUUUUCCAAUGCCUUACUACGGUACAGUUCCUGUGUUGGAGGUGACAAAAUAAAGAAUAUGUUAAACAGUAGGAUGACAGCACCGUACUAGCGUACAGUAUCGGUUGAAUUGGUAAGAGACAAAUUUGAUUGAACUACUUUUAUACCGAACAUUCACGAACACUUGCUUCAAGUGAUCAAAUACCGUAAGUGGAUAUUUUUUACGUAGAAUAUUGUGCAUACAUGUUAAGUAACACAUGCAAACAAACUUUGUACAGAAAUGAUGAUAAUAAUAGCACUGUGAG